AUGCUGUCCGGACCGUCGGCGGCGGGACCGCAGCCCACCGGCACGACCAUCACCGUGCGCAAUCUCGUCACCUCGCUCAACCCUCUGAAGCGGAUGAAGCUGAAGGAGAACCAAGCGUUCGCGACCGCUCACGCGCCCUCCGAGGAGCUGGUGAAGCGCAAGCUGCCGUUGGGGAACUACGUCAGCGCCGCCAACAUCAUGCCCACCGGAGGGCGCAACGCCGAGGUGCAGUUCCUGCUGCGGGAGAAGAUGUUCGGAGCUGUACCGUCGGUGGAUAGCAGCAGCAGCAGCAGCAGUGUUGGGGUUGUCGGUGGCAAGGGACGCAAGCGGAACUCGGGCGUGGAGCAGAAGGGUGCCGCCUCGGCGGUCGAGCGUCGUAAUGCGCGCGAGCGCAACCGGGUCCAGCAGGUCAACAACGGGUUUGCGGCCCUGCGCCAGCGCAUCCCGGACGAGAUUGCUGAGGCGUUCGAGGCGGGAACGACGGCUCGCGGGAUGCACAAGAAGCUGAGCAAGGUGGAGACGCUGCGGAUGGCGGUGGAGUACAUCAAGAGCCUGGAGCGGCUGCUCGAGUGCUCCGGUGCAGCGUUCACCGACGAGGUACUCCCGAGGGACAGCCAGCUGCCGGCGACGCCGCCUCCGGAGCCGGUCGGCCAUCCGACGAACUUCUUCCUUGCCAUUAAGCCGCGUGUCAUCGGGAAGCCGAGCGGUCCGGUGGCGGGAGUCGCAAGCCACGCCAUGGAAGCCGGCCCCCUGGAGGCCGGGCUCGAUCAAACGCAAAUCACCAUCAUCAACGGGCAUCAGUACAUGCGCAUUCCGGGUACGAACACGUUCCAAUAUCUCGACCCGGAGCGCCUCUACGACGAGGACCUGGAGUCGUCCACCGGGCUGGACUUCAGCGAGGACUCCGGGACCCGCGGGCAGCUACUGCUCGACGAGGAGGAUGGCGCGGAUGAGGAGGAGGACGUCGACGACGAGCUCAGCGAGUCGGCCCUCGCGCUUUCGCCGCAGAGUAACUUCACCCCGGACUCGGACGGGAAGCGCGAUGUCGACUCAUUCUAUCACGCACUACCGCCAAAGCCACUUCCAACGACGGCCGGCGAAGACCUCGGUUUCGAUCAGCAGCAGUACGAAGACCUGAUGCUGAUCAAGUCCGAGCUCGAGGACGAAGCGGACCUCACCGAGGACCCGGCGUUCAUCAGCUGGAUCGAGACGAGCCAGCAGCUCCAGAUCCAGCAGCAGCUCCAGCAGCAGCUCCAGCAGCAGCUUCAACAGCACCAGAGCAUUCUGGACUAG